GUGCGGUGAGAGACGCUCGGGCGAGGGUGAGCCUGCGAGAGUCGUCGAAGCUGUACGGUUGUUGCUGAUUGUUUCAGGUUUAGUUUUUUUAUUCUCCCUUUUAUUGUCACGCGCAGCUUUUGGUUGAUCGCGCCAAGCAAGCAGCGACGGUUGUCAGUGAUCGCAGGUGUCGUCAGAGUAAAUAGGAGUUUUCGGAGUUCAGGCAGUGUACAGUUCUUUGUGAGACAUUUUCGUAAAGUCGGCGGCUGCUGCUUCGACGUAACUUUCGGGAACUCGGUCUUGAACAAGUGGCUUCACGGCUUCGCACUAUGGCCAACAUUAGCGGUGAUAACUUUCAGCUGAACGACAAUAAUGGUACGUAUGAUGGCAAUGAGACGGAUGCAAAAAGCCUUUUUGGAGGUCUCUCUGUGGGCUGCUGUGUACCCAGAAUAUUCGCUGGGCGGCCAGCCUCCAAGUACCCGGUGCUGCCCACGUCGCUCGAGGACGAGGAGUACAAAAUGACACACCCGAACCGAGGCAAGUGCGUGAUCUUCAACAACAGGCAUUUUGAACCCCAUACGAAGCUGAGUGAACGAAGAGGCACUGACUUGGAUGCUGAUAAUCUCUACUAUCGCUUCCGGGAGCUGGGCUUUGAGCCGAUCAUCCACCAUAACAUGUCACGCAAAGCGAUGCUUGAUGAAUUGGAACGGCUGGGCCAACAGGACUACAGUGACGAUGACUGCUUUGUUUGCUGCAUCCUGACACAUGGUGACCGUGACAUUCUUUACGCAACUGAUGGAAAGUUCCCGGUGGACAGUGUGAUGGACCCUUUCCGUGGCAACGUUUGCCCCACUCUGCUUGGUAAACCCAAGCUGUUCUUCAUUCAGGCUUGCCGCGGUGACAGGUUGGAUGAAGGCACUCCGGCAGUCUUGGAAACGUCUGAUUCACCGGGCCAGAUCUACCGCAUCCCGACACAUGCUGACUUCCUGGCUGCCUACUCAACAGUGCCAGGAUUCUACUCGUGGCGCAAUACAUCGCAAGGCUCAUGGUUCAUACAGGCCCUGUGCUCAGUGCUCCAGGAGCGAGCACGGUCUGUGGACCUGUUGUCCAUGCUGACGGUGGUGUGCCGCCGUGUUGCACUUUACUACGAGUCGUGUGUGCCGGGCGACCCCAACAUGGACCGGAAGAAGCAGGUGCCGUCCAUCACAUCCACGCUCACUCGGCUAGUCUACUUCGGGCGGCGGGCCUAGGGAGUGUGCCUUUGCUUUUGUUUGGGAUGUGGGCCAUACCCUCACCUAUCCUCCCUCGUUUUGCCUCAAAGGACCAAAGCUGUGUGUGAGAUAAUGUCAUUGGGUGUUUCUUUGAUUUGGCCAGUUGCACUGGCUGAACUAGUCCCUUGCAAAAGGAUUUUUAUCAGGGCAAGUUAAUACCUACGUGUGAGAGUGUCAAAGUAGCAAAAAAAAAGAGAGUGAAAAGAAAGAAAAGAGGACUUAGUAGAAAUGAAAACUGACAUAGAAGCAGCUGUACUUGUGUCGGUGCAUUUCUUCUUCGUCCUACUUUUUACAAUGUUAUGUUCCUAAUUAGUUCCUUGCUUUCUUUUUUGUGUUUGAUGGCCUGUUGUGACAGUAUGGAAUAUAUGCAAAUAUAUUAGAAAAGUUUGAGGACUGUCUAUAGUGAUAAGCUGCUAUGCAGAAUAUUCGUGGCUGCCAUUGAGAAACAUUUCCUAUUCUCCAAGGACAAGAAGUGCUUACCUCACAACAACUAAGGAUAAAUGGAAUGAUACAAUGCAGAGUGGUCAAGGACAAAUGGCAGUGAAGCAUCGUAGGAUGCUUUGAGUGAUGAAUGAAAGUCCUGUUUUCUGAAAAAACACGGGAAAAUGUGAGAAUUUCAGAGCUGAUUUAGUGAAUGUGCAUGAACAUGAUGUUUCGGAGCCCUUCUACUUCUUUACCACUGGCUUUAUUGUUUCAACCAGGUUUCAGCCGUGUGUACACUUUUCCUGGAGUGUUUAGAAACUAUUGUGAUAACAUGGUGGCGGUGGUACACCGUGUCAUAUUAAUAGUGCACACCAAGCACGACUACGUGUCUGUAAAGUGCAUUUGUGAAUACAUAUAUGCUGCACACAGCUAUAUUGAUCUGUAUCCAGUCCUCAAACUUUUUCGAGCUUAGCAAUCUGUAUGGCUCAAUGCGUUAUUAAAUUUGUGCUGUACUGCAAGUUGUGAAGUUGAGCGCCCGAAAAAAAAAAGGCGCUUGCAAUUGCAUCUACUAUAAGUGUCAACAAUUUAGGGUGUGUGAACAAGAACACUGUGCAAAUGUCCUGGAAUUGAAGAAUUUAAUCAUGAGUAGUACUUGCUGUAAUUCUUGCCUUUUAAACUUUGGACAAAGACUGUACUUUUUGUCUCAGAUGUUCUCGGGGCUGGUCAGGUAGUAAAGCAAUAUGGCGGCGUUAUGUUCGCCCUGGCUAAUCUCACACUUUUUCUGUUUUUCUUUUACUGGUGAGGACUAAGAGGCCUAGAUAUCAGUUUAGUCAGCUUAGUGCCAGAAGCUGCAGCACUGCCACACAGAGCUUUUUAGAUUGGCUGGACCCAAGUGCUUUGGCCUUGCAACUUUCGUGACGGUACAGUGGAUCAUAGUGGCAUAAUUGGAUACACUAAUUUUGGAUGUAUCAUGGACACAAAGUGACAUGAAAUGUCUAUUGCUUGUGAAGGGGAAAUGAUUAACAGGUUUGGAAGAUUCACUGCCUCAGUCAUUGUUUGUGUAACACUUAAAGGCAGAAAAAGAAUGUUUUAAAAACUAAGGGUCCUUUUAUGCCAUUACCAUUCAUGAUUGUUCAGAUGCCUUGGUUACGAAAAUUUAGUUCAGCUGGAGAGUUCUGCAUGCUGAAGGCUCCCUAAUGUUCUUUUUUGCCUUGGUUUUAAAACUUGUGCAGGUCAUUGCCAUCACUUUGAUGGUGCAAAUUUUGAGCUGUUUUUUUUCUAACCACGCUGCACAUAUGUAAAUAUUGAGGGCACGUGUCCCACAAUGCCUUUUCAUGGGGAUGAAAUGAGGCUUAAGCAUUGUAGUGUGCAGAGCAUGUGUGUGCACUGAAAUUGACAUAUUGAAAAAACAAAAAAAAAAAGAACCUAUAUAAAUCUUGGCACUACGAAAUCAUGUUCGUGUUGGCAUAGCAUUGGUUUGGGAAGACUUGUCAGUCAGCCAGUUUUGUGUUCUCAUGUCGUUUUUCUUUUGCUUAUUGACAAAUGAUGCUUUCGCCAGGGUAGGCUGUGGCAGGGGCAUCAAUUCACGAUCAGAGUGCAGCAUGCCUAAAGUACUAUUAGUGCUUGUUGCUACUCCAAGUGUGUGGAUGAAUUUCGCUAACUUGAUAAAGAUACUGUAACCUUAGGUGCUGCUUCAAGUCAUUUAUGACCAAAGCCAAAUUCAUCCACGUAUUUUAUUGUCAACAAACACUUCUGCUUUGUACAGCUGCUGCACUGCAAAAAUAUUAAGCUAUGCAAGAAUGAUGUCCAGUGUUAUCUUUCUUUGUGAUUCCCAGAAAAUGUAGCUUGUGGUAGACGUUCCUUGUUGUAGUCCUUUCCUCCUAGCAUAUAUUCCUGCUAUGUGUUUGAGCCAAAGGCACAUCGUGAAGCAAAUAACUUUUUUGUGGGAACGUCAGCUUUCCAAAGGCAUUUCGGCGGCAUGCGUGGCUCGUGGUAGCAUGUUAGUGUGUAACAUUGUUUCGAUAAUUUAAUGAAUGCAGACAAGGUCGUCAGGAUGAGUGAGAGAAGGGAAAAAAAGGUUGUGUCAUUAGAUUGUGACUAAUGCCUCAACAAUUGUGCAGUCCUUAAUUUGCGCAAUGUAUAUAAACAUGAAGUAGAGACGUAUCAACUCACCCAAGCCGUCUUUUUUAUUCCAAGGCGUGCGUCUGUUUAGGUUGGCUUUUUUUUCUUUCCUGCUAUGCAGUGUAUUUCCAGAGACAGUUGUGCAUGCUCUGCGUUUUCUUGAAAUCCUGAAGUUCUCCACAUAGCUGCUGGCUAUCUGUGCACUGCAGGUGGCAUGAGUGUCAUGCAGAAGCGCUGGCCUUGCACCCCGAGUGGCUUUUUUGAGGAUAGCUGCGUGCAGGCUUUCAGUUCAACUUUUAGCUAUUUUCGUGAGGUAUAUCGGUUGUAUGCACUGCAGAUACGGUCCUCACUUCGUGAUCUAUGCACUCGUGGUCUACACUCUAGUUGUCCAUUUGCAAGGCCCUACUCGGCAUAUGAGGCGCAUUAACAGGGUAGUGUGGCAUGCCGACCGUCCACUCAGAAAGCACUGUGGUAUGAUAUUGCAGGCGUUCAAGUUAGUUAGUACUAUGUGUUUAGUACUAUGUGUUUGGAGGGAAUGAAGCACUGGUUGCUUUGAAGAGAUAGUAGGGUUGUAUGAAUUAUUCAAAAUUGGAAUCAUGGAUCAAAUAAUUCUGUCCCGUAUCAAAGCGUUAAGAAAUUUGAUAUCAGUCUCUUCAGAUAUUUGAUAAAACUGAAAUAUAUGGUGUUGCUGCCAUUAUUAGAGCCUGCCUUCUACAUACAUGUAGUCCACAAGUCGAAACAUAUUUGAAAUAAGAUUUUAUUUUUUCCCUAUUUCAUUAUGACAUUUUUUUGUGCUUUAAGGAAGUACAAUACCGCUCAGUAUUCGACUUGAUGUUUAAAGCCUGUGUUCUGCGAACAUUUGUGAUCAGUUCAGCUUGAGCACUAAUCAAUACUAUACCGUUGCCAAAAAUGGAAGGCAUCCUUUGCCAAAGGGUUUAAAAAAAUUUAAGUAGCCUGUUGCCAUUUCCAGUGCUGAAACUUGGGAAUCACGUAAAAGUCUUGAAAUAGUUGGGAAUGAUGGCAUCGAACCCUUGCAUUCUUCACAUAUACAAUAGUAUCUAUUUUAUCACUUCAUUGCUAUGGGGGCCUUUGCCUAAACAGGUGCCUUAUUAUACACAAAUGCUUUUAUCCUUUAAAGGAGUACUGACACAAAUUUGAGAAAUUUUAGUAUUGUUGCUUUUAACAAAAGUGCUUGUGACAAGAACACUAAAAAGUGUAUCGUGGUUGCUCGGAAUGCUUCUAAUAUAUUGUUAAUACCACUGCCUUAAAAAACCACUUUCGGUUUGUAUGUCGAGAGGGUGGUAUCACAGUGACAUGUAAGCACAGUGUGACGUAGGUCUAAGUCACGUGGGGACAGCAACUCAUAACAUUCUUGCAGUACUCUGUAGUUUGCUGUUAGUCAUUCGUGUUGCACAUAUACAAUGAAUUGUGAAUUGAUAUCCAAUGGCUCCGACAGCAAUUUCGGCUGCAUCCAGGACACAGUGUUUGCAAAUCCAGUGAACCAUGUUGACUUGUCAUGAUAAUGUCCAUUGCGGUGGGGUUAUCUUUCGGAUGCUGGGCGACGAAAACUUUAAAAUCAGACUAAAAUAUGUUAUACAUGCUUCAUGGCUCUGGUCUGCGGAGAGCGUUAACACUACAUGCCAAGGAAACAAAAAAAAAAAAAUGCCCCUUUUGCGGUGCCGCAAAAUCGUGUCAGUAUUCCUUUAAGAUUCAAAUGUUUCGGCCACUUUCCAAAUACAAUAAGAGACUACUUGUGAAAACUCUGCUGAGACAAAGACAACUUCUAGGAAGGAUGCAGUCAGGCAUUUAAUUGUACGGCCUGGAUUGAUUAUUCAGCAGUGUAGUCUCAGUGCAUUGUAUACUGGUCUAAAAUGAAGCAGUUUUGAAAGAAGCAAGUAAACGCUUUUUAUGUGUUCUAACUUGGAGCCUUAAGAUGUGGAAAUGAUCCAUGGAGUGGCCUUAACUUUCCGUGUCAAAGUGCGAAGUGAGCCUUUUGGUGUUGUUGGACGUGUUAGAAGCAUAGAAAAAUGGGCUUUCUUUUUUUAUCCAACUUAUCAGUCUUUCAUUAUGGCCUGACAUUACUUAGGAUGGGGUUCAAUAGAACUGAUCCUUUGUACUUAGUGGGUACAAGUUUGUACAAGUUAAAAAAAAUAACGUACGAAACAUCAGAAUUGUGCCGGUGCCCUCUACUGCAUUAUCUGUCAUAUCCUAGCUGUAGUUCUGUGAAACUGUCCGUUUUUAAUUGUGCAAGGACUGACCAUUUUUUUACCAUGGCUUUCUUUUGCCAGUACAGAGUAGGUGCAAAUAGUGUGCAUAGGGUAUAAUUAAUUUGUUUUAAAUGUUUGCCUUGAGUGUUUAUAACAGUAAUGUUUUGAAGGAGAGAUUCUUGCUUGGGACAUUCAGAAACAUCUGGGAGCAGAAAGGUGCCAUGAAAUGUUUUUUUUUACUACUGUGGCUGUGAACCUGCUGCACAACAGCUUAUUUGGACUAUGAAGGACUUUGGGUGAUUACUUGUGUUAUGCUUGGGCUUAUGUGGACUGUUAAUCUGUUCGAUUUCAUAGUUUACUUUGGACUGUAUAAUUUGGACAUCCUUGCCAUGUUCAGCAUCACUGCAGUGUGCAUCAAGUUUUUAAGAUGAACUUUGUGAGCUUAUGUAGACAGGUAGUUUUAGUAAGCACCCCACCUGUCUUUGAAUUGCAGUGUAUCAAUUGUUUCACUUGGGUUUUUCUUGAUUGUGUGUAUGCUUUUAUGCCAUUUUAUUAUAUAUAUAUUCUGAGAUUUGCAAGGACCCCCUUGCUAGUUGCAGCUGUUCUUUUAUUGCACGCUUUAUCCUUUACAUUUUUGUCAUUUUUUUGCUAGUGCGCAUUUUUCUUUGCUUGGGUGGCAUUCUCAUAUUUUAGGCUCUUGAAAGUGAUGUGGUGCAUUGUACUAGGAAAAUGAUAAUGCUUAGAUCAUAACCUUGCAACAUUGGCACACAUUUUUACUCUCGUAAGCGGAGCUGACAGAGCUGUACAUGUGAAGAGCAUACAGGACACUUUUAUAACCUUUCUCAUUAAUUGUGUGCAGUAUUUUUGAGGCUGUAAGUAUGAAAAAGCUGCAGUUUCUUGGACACUCAGUAAAUGUACCUUAUUGUGGUAGCUUUUCUUCCAUGUUGAGCUCUCUGGAAUGGGAAAAAGUACCGCCUUGGAGUGAUUCUGAGUAGUGAAAUCUAGGCAUAGACUUGAGAAAGGAUCGUGGGCUUCUAAUAAAGUGAUACAGAGGUUGUUUGCCCCCUGCCCUUUUUUUUUAUUUAGUUGGCAUUCAAGCUAUUGUAGCACUGCACACAAUUGAUGCAGAAGGGAGGAUCAUGCGGUUUUCAUUUUGAUCUUAGAAGUGCACCAUAGGUUAGCUUUUCUUGUUAGAAGUUUGCACAGGCAUGACAGUGCAUGCAUUUCCCUUGAAUAUAAAGAUCAAAUCCUUACUGUGCAGCACUGUAUACCUUAUACUGUGUUUGUGCCAUGUGGAUCACGCCACUUCACCAUAACCAUGUAAUUUUUACUGCAUUACAGUAUUGAAGACAUUUCUAAAGCCAAGAAAAGAAAUGUAGGAGUGCUAGCACUUGAUGGCUAAACUUGUACGUCUCAUGUAGUUGUAAUGUGAACGUAUUGCUCAAAGUUUGUAAGUUUAGACAUAGAAUGUUCAUAUGUUUUCAGUGUGUUUGGCAUACCUGGUGUCGGUGGCCAAGGUCAGAUAAACUACACCCGCAACCUGAGUCACAAAUGUUGACCUGCUGGGUGGGCACCUCAAUCCUGGUGGAUAUGCAACCAGAUGCAGUUGAUGUGUAGUUAAUGCAACGUUGGCCACUUGUUUGGAAUUCACUACUCAUGUCAGAACCAGAAUUGCUACCUCCUGGACAGAUCCGAAAAAUGAGAGAAGCAUGGAACAGAAUGGCAGACUUAGUGCUUGGUUUUUAUCUUGUUCUUCACUGCAAUGUUAAUAGUGCUCCUCAGAAAUAUUGGGGCAGUAUGUUGUCACAUUUACUGCUGCAAGAAGUGUAAUCCAUCUGUGAUUCACAGUAGACGUGGUUAAAGGAAUAUGUGCACAGAUUGGUGCCAGUAAAGGUAAUGCUAAUUUCAUCAAGUUUAGUCUGUUCUCCUGCUUGGCCUGCCAUAUUUCUCCUUUUGCAACCGUCCAACUUUGUGACAAAAUAUUUUGUGUGUCAAAAAUAUGACAGCAUUGUACCCCAUUCCGCUGUCUGGGUGGAAUCUGUCCUAGAUGCACACAACAUCCGACAAUAAGAGAUAUAACGUUACAGCCCUGCUGACAAAAAUAUAGCUGUAGCACUUAGCAGCGUUGUGGUGCCACUGGCUGUUGCCUUCCGACGACUGUCUUGCCUAAUUUGAAAAGGAAGUUUUCAUGCUUCUGCUGGUCUAGUACUUAUCCGGAGUGUUUUCAUAGCCAAGGUGCUUUCUCAUUAUAUUUAAGUUUGCUCAAUCUAUUUCUUGCUAUAAGUGCCAUUUAGAUCCAUAAUUCUUGUGUACUAUGCGAUGGGGAUGAGAAAAGAGGGACGUGAUAUGGGCACCCAUCUUGCAUCGUUUGUCUUCAUUGUUUGUCGCACUUAAUGCUUGUCAAUGUGUUAUACCAAUACGGCCCAUCAACCCUCCUGCAGCUAACGGGCAUUAAUUUGAAAGUAGUUAAUGUAUUCUCACACCGACAUAAUAUGAAUGCAAUCUUUUGGAAAGCUUUUUUUGGUUAACGUGCAGCUGCUGAUUCAUGACUAUUUCAUGAGUCUGCACUGUAUUUUAAACUUUAGACAAAUUAAGCUCACCUUCCGUGUUCCAGUGGGGUUAGGUUAGUGAAAGUUGACUGCUGUGUGCUGGGUCAUUUUUGAGACGUAUAGCUCGGCAAACUUCACUGAUAGAGGAACAAAAUGUGAGCGCCAAGUGCUUGUUUUUGUGCCUUGCCAUGUCACGUCUGUCUUUUUGUCCGAUUGAACUUUUUAAAGUUGUAGUGAGUGCCUGCCUUUAUUGUACACAAGAUGUGUGCUCAAUUUUUGCUUGAGCAAUUGUGCUUUUCACGUUGUAUAAGU